ACAUACUUGUGGGUGAAAAUGACCUCACAGCCCUCAGCUAUCUUCAUGAGCCUGCUGUACUCCACAAUCUCAGAGUCCGCUUUAUUGAUUCCAAACUUAUUUAUACAUAUUGUGGUAUAGUCCUAGUAGCUAUAAAUCCUUAUGAGCAGCUGCCUAUUUAUGGAGAAGAUAUUAUCAAUGCAUACAGCGGUCAGAACAUGGGUGAUAUGGAUCCACAUAUCUUUGCAGUAGCUGAAGAAGCUUACAAGCAAAUGGCCAGAGAUGAACGAAAUCAGUCCAUCAUCGUAAGUGGAGAGUCUGGGGCAGGAAAAACAGUUUCAGCUAAGUAUGCCAUGCGAUACUUUGCAACUGUAAGUGGUUCCGCCAGUGAAGCCAAUGUUGAGGAAAAGGUGUUGGCAUCCAACCCCAUCAUGGAGUCAAUCGGAAAUGCUAAGACAACCAGGAAUGAUAAUAGCAGCCGUUUUGGGAAGUACAUUGAGAUUGGUUUUGAUAAGAGACAUCGAAUCAUUGGUGCCAAUAUGAGAACUUACCUUUUAGAGAAAUCCAGAGUGGUGUUCCAGGCAGAAGAGGAGAGAAACUAUCAUAUCUUCUAUCAGCUUUGUGCCUCAGCAAAGUUACCUGAAUUUAAAAUGCUGCGAUUAGGAGACGCAAAUAACUUUCAUUACACGAAGCAAGGUGGCAGUCCUGUGAUUGAAGGAGUAGAUGAUGCCAAGGAGAUGGCACAAACCAGGCAGGCCUGCACUUUGCUAGGAAUUAGUGAAUCUUAUCAGAUGGGAAUUUUCCGAAUACUUGCUGGCAUCCUUCACUUAGGCAAUGUUGGAUUUAUGUCUCGAGAUUCAGACAGCUGCACAAUCCCUCCCAGGCAUGAACCUCUCAGCAUCUUCUGUGACCUCAUGGCUGUGGACUUUGAGGAGAUGUGUCACUGGCUCUGCCAUCGGAAGCUGGCUACUGCCGCGGAGACAUACAUCAAGCCCAUCUCCAAGCUGCAGGCCACGAAUGCCCGCGAUGCGCUGGCCAAGCACAUCUAUGCCAAGCUCUUUAACUGGAUUGUAGAUCACGUCAAUCAGGUUCUCCAUUCUGCUGUCAAACAGCACUCUUUUAUCGGCGUGCUGGACAUUUAUGGAUUUGAAACAUUUGAGAUAAAUAGUUUUGAACAGUUCUGCAUAAAUUAUGCAAAUGAAAAACUACAGCAGCAAUUCAAUAUGCAUGUCUUCAAAUUAGAACAAGAGGAAUAUAUGAAAGAACAAAUUCCAUGGACACUCAUAGAUUUUUAUGAUAAUCAGCCUUGCAUUAAUCUUAUAGAAUCUAAACUGGGCAUUCUAGAUUUGCUGGAUGAGGAAUGCAGGAUGCCUAAAGGCACAGAUGACACUUGGGCCCAAAAAUUGUACAACACACAUUUGAACAAAUGUGCGCUCUUUGAGAAGCCCCGUCUAUCAAACAAAGCUUUCAUCAUCCAGCAUUUUGCUGACAAAGUGGAAUACCAGUGUGAAGGCUUUCUGGAAAAGAAUAAAGACACUGUUUUCGAAGAACAAAUUAAAGUUCUUAAAUCAAGCAAGUUUAAGAUGCUACCAGAAUUAUUUCAAGAUGACGAGAAGGCCAUCAGUCCAAGCUCAGCCACCUCUUCAGGGCGCACGCUCCUUACCCGCACUCCUGCAAAGCCCACCAAAGGCAGACCAGGCCAGGCGGCCAAAGAGCACAAGAAAACGGUGGGGCACCAGUUCCGAAACUCCCUUCACCUGCUUAUGGAGACCCUGAAUGCCACUACCCCUCACUACGUGCGCUGUAUUAAGCCUAACGACUUCAAGUUCCCAUUCACGUUUGAUGAGAAGAGGGCAGUACAGCAGCUGAGAGCGUGUGGUGUCCUGGAAACCAUCCGAAUCAGCGCAGCAGGUUUCCCCUCUCGGUGGACUUACCAAGAAUUUUUCAGCCGCUACCGUGUCCUAAUGAAGCAAAAAGAUGUGCUAAGUGAGAGAAAACAAACAUGCAAGAAUGUUUUAGAGAAACUGAUAAAGGACAAGGACAAAUACCAGUUUGGGAAGACAAAGAUCUUUUUCCGUGCCGGUCAAGUGGCCUAUCUGGAAAAAUUGAGGGCAGACAAAUUGAGGGCUGCCUGCAUCCGGAUCCAGAAGACGAUCCGAGGGUGGCUGCUGCGGAAGAAGUUCCUGCGCAUGCGCAAGGCUGCCAUCACUGUGCAGAGAUACGUGCGAGGCCACCAGGCCCGAUGUUAUGCUAAGUUCCUGCGCAGAACCAAGGCAGCAACCAUCAUUCAGAAGUACUGGCGCAUGUAUGUAAUCCGCCGGAGGUACAAGAUCUGCCGGACUGCCACGAUCGUCCUUCAGUCUUACCUUCGAGGCUACUUGGCCAGAAAUAGGUAUCGCAAGAUACUCCGUGAGCACAAAGCAGUCAUCAUUCAGAAGUGGGUCCGGGGCUGGCUGGCUCGCACCUACUACAAGAGGAGUACGCACGCCAUCAUCUACCUUCAGUGCUGCUUCCGGCGGAUGAUGGCCAAGCGCGAGCUGAAGAAGCUCAAGAUCGAGGCCCGCUCCGUGGAGCGCUAUAAGAAGCUCCACAUUGGCAUGGAGAACAAGAUCAUGCAGCUGCAGCGCAAAGUUGACGAACAGAACAAAGACUACAAAUGCCUCAUGGAGAAACUGACCAAUCUGGAAGGAAUAUACAACUCUGAGACCGAGAAACUACGAAGUGACUUAGAACGUCUUCAACUAAGUGAGGAAGAAGCUAAGAUUGCUACUGGACGUGUCCUCAGUCUGCAGGAAGAAAUUGCCAAGCUCCGGAAAGACCUGGAACAAACUCAGUGUGAGAAAAAAUCCAUUGAAGAGUGUGCUGAUAGAUACAAACAGGAAACUGAGCAGUUGGUAUCAAAUCUGAAGGAAGAAAAUACUUUGCUGAAGCAGGAAAAAGAGGCACUCAAUCACCUUAUCGUGGAGCAGGCUAAGGAGAUGACAGAGAUGAUGGAAAAGAAGUUAAUAGAAGAAACAAAACAACUGGAACUCGAUCUUAAUGAUGAAAGGCUGAGAUAUCAGAACCUUCUGAAUGAGUUCAGUCGCUUGGAAGAACGAUAUGAUGACCUCAAGGAAGAGAUGACUUUGAUGAUUAAUGUGCCUAAGCCUGGACACAAGAGAACAGACUCCACCCACAGCAGCAAUGAGUCUGAAUACACCUUUAGCUCUGAAAUUGCAGAAACUGAAGACAUUCCAUCAAGGACAGAGGAGCCAAGCGAGAAGAAGGUGCCUCUGGACAUGUCAUUGUUCCUCAAGCUCCAGAAGCGUGUCACAGAGCUGGAGCAGGAGAAGCAGGUGAUGCAGGAUGAGCUGGACCGCAAGGAGGAGCAGGUGCUCCGAAGUAAGGCAAAGGAAGAAGAAAGACCACAAAUUAGAGGUGCAGAACUGGAAUAUGAGUCACUCAAGCGUCAAGAACUAGAAUCAGAAAACAAAAAACUGAAAAAUGAGCUGAAUGAGUUACGCAAGGCCCUUAGUGAGAAAAGUGCCCCUGAGGUGACCGCUCCAGGUGCACCAGCCUACCGUGUCCUCAUGGAGCAGCUGACCUCUGUGAGUGAGGAGCUCGAUGUCCGCAAGGAAGAAGUCCUCAUCUUGAGGUCUCAACUGGUGAGCCAGAAAGAGGCCAUCCAACCCAAGAAUACAAUGACAGAUUCCACAAUACUUUUAGAAGAUGUACAAAAAAUGAAAGAUAAAGGUGAAAUAGCACAAGCAUAUAUCGGUUUGAAAGAAACAAACAGAUCAUCUGCUAUGGAUGGCCAUGAGUUGAAUGAGGAUGGAGAGCUGUUGCUGGUUUAUGAAGGGUUGAAACAAGCCAACAGGCUCCUGGAAUCCCAGCUGCAGUCGCAGAAGAGGAGCCAUGAGAAUGAGGCCGAAGCCCUCCGCGGGGAGAUCCAGAGCCUGAAGGAGGAGAACAACCGGCAGCAGCAGCUGCUGGCCCAGAACCUGCAGCUGCCCCCAGAGGCCCGCAUCGAGGCCAGCCUGCAGCACGAGAUCACCCGGCUCACCAACGAGAACCUGUAUUUUGAGGAAUUAUAUGCAGAUGAUCCUAAGAAGUAUCAAUCAUAUCGGAUUUCACUUUACAAACGGAUGAUUGAUUUGAUGGAACAACUCGAAAAACAAGAUAAGACUGUCCGGAAACUGAAAAAACAACUGAAAGUAUUUGCCAAAAAAAUUGGUGAACUAGAAGUGGGCCAAAUGGAGAACAUAUCCCCAGGACAGAUCAUUGAUGAGCCCAUUCGUCCAGUCAACAUUCCCAGAAAAGAAAAGGAUUUCCAAGGAAUGCUGGAAUACAAGAAGGAGGAUGAGCAAAAACUUGUUAAGAACUUGAUUCUGGAACUGAAGCCGCGUGGUGUAGCAGUCAAUUUGAUUCCAGGGUUACCAGCGUAUAUCCUGUUUAUGUGUGUUCGACACGCUGACUACCUGAAUGAUGAUCAGAAAGUAAGGUCGUUGCUAACAUCAACAAUAAACAGCAUCAAAAAAGUAUUAAAGAAAAGAGGUGAUGAUUUUGAAACUGUCUCCUUCUGGCUUUCUAACACAUGCCGAUUUUUGCACUGUUUGAAGCAGUACAGUGGAGAAGAGGGCUUUAUGAAACACAACACAUCUCGCCAGAAUGAACACUGCCUCACCAAUUUUGACCUGGCUGAGUACCGACAGGUGCUAAGUGACUUGGCCAUUCAGAUCUACCAGCAGCUCGUGCGGGUGUUAGAGAACAUCCUUCAGCCAAUGAUCGUCUCCGGAAUGCUAGAGCAUGAAACCAUUCAGGGUGUGUCUGGGGUGAAGCCCACAGGGCUAAGAAAGCGAACCUCCAGCAUUGCUGAUGAGGGUACCUACACACUGGACUCCAUCCUGCGGCAGCUCAACUCCUUCCACUCAGUCAUGUGUCAGCACGGCAUGGACCCCGAACUGAUCAAGCAGGUGGUCAAGCAGAUGUUCUACAUCGUGGGGGCUGUCACACUGAACAACCUCCUCCUCCGGAAGGACAUGUGCUCCUGGAGUAAAGGCAUGCAGAUCAGGUACAAUGUCAGUCAACUAGAAGAAUGGCUGCGUGACAAGAAUCUGAUGAACAGUGGGGCUAAAGAAACCCUGGAACCUCUCAUUCAGGCUGCUCAGCUUUUGCAAGUGAAAAAGAAAACAGAUGAUGAUGCAGAAGCCAUUUGUUCCAUGUGCAAUGCUUUAACUACUGCCCAGAUUGUCAAAGUGUUGAAUUUGUAUACUCCAGUUAACGAGUUUGAAGAAAGAGUCUCUGUGUCAUUUAUUCGUACUAUACAGAUGCGUUUACGAGACAGGAAAGACUCUCCUCAGCUGCUCAUGGAUGCUAAACACAUCUUUCCUGUCACCUUUCCUUUUAACCCAUCUUCCCUUGCACUAGAAACCAUCCAGAUUCCAGCCAGCCUGGGCCUGGGAUUCAUAUCACGGGUCUGAAAGUGAUAUCAAGGAAAAUAUUGACAAUACAAUACUUGCCUGAAAUAACCCAUUAUUUCAAGUGAGGUACUGAAAACACAUUUUAAAAGAGAUAGUACUUAUUAUCUCCCAAACAAGGGGUUAUUGACUGGAACUCCCCCUAGAAUACUUUUCAUCAUCUUGGAAAGAAAGAUAGGCUCCUUUGUGCUGUGUUACCUUUUAACAACACUCAUCCUUGAUCAGUUAGGUAUCUGCAGUUGACGUGCAGGUGAAUGAUGGAAGGAAGGAAAAAAAUGUGUCUUCAGCUGCCAGCAUUUAUUUUAAAUCCUUAUCACUGCAUCUAAAUGAUAUCAAAAACCUAAAUUCCAGAUAUGAAUAUGAGCUGUUGUUAGAAAGGUACCAAUAAGGAACCUCCUGUGUGCUAACCAGAAGAAUUGAAAGAAAAAUCAUCACUGAGUACAUAUCAUACCAGUUUAGGAAUCAAUUAUGUUGCUACUGUCCAACUGGAACAAAGAAAUAAACUGGCAAUAUGUAAAGUAACUGGCCAAGUAGCUCCCUUCUAUGUGUCACUAUGAUGUAGAGAUACUAAGAGAAUGUUGGUUUGCUAUAGAGCAUGGAAGUCCGUUUGUACCAUAGUUUACUGAGCAUUUUAAAUUGCUGCUACAUACUAUGUUCUUUAAAAUGUAAGCGAUAUUCAUAUUAGGCACUACAAUAAUAAGCUUCUCUUUUAUCAACUCUGUUUACAGUUCAAUCAGAUCAGUUUUAACUGGAUUAUGUGCACAUAGCUAGAGAUUCACCUGCACAAGUAGCAGACACUGGGAAGUCAUGUAGUAAUAUGACACAAUGUUUGACAUUUAGGGAUAGGAUUAGGCAAAGUGGCUAUUGAUGUUGAUGUCCUUUAUUCAGGAUGUGUUACAUUGAUGUGCUCAUUGAUUUUCCCUGGGCGCAUAUCACAUCAGGGUACAGUGUUCUGUGAAGUGACCUAUUUUUAGUUAUCAGAUCUGCUUCCUGCAGUGCAUAUUUUCAACCUUGACAGGUUUUCUUUCUUCUUAAUUUAUUAAGAAUUAAUGUCAGUCAAUAUCUAGAGAGGAUUGUCAGAAUAUUCAUGAUUUAGGUCUUGAAAUCUUAAUUAUUUUAUAAAUUAUGCAAAAGAAAGUAUAUAAUAAAUAAUUAUGAUUCCAUUUUUUAGGCUUUGCAACUUCUAUAAAUGUUCUCAAUGCCACUAGAUACUUUAAAGAGCAUCAUAUUAGAAAUACAUUGACCUAUAUAAAAGUAUAAGGAGAUUGCUGAAUUUUACAGAGGAUUUGGUUUAAUAAGACCCAGAUUCUAUAUGUUUUCAUUCUGAAAUUCUAAUUAAACGUAGUCUCCAUUUUUCCUACAAAUCUUAUACAAUAAAUGUUUCAGGUUGUGCAAAAGCAAAUUCUUAGCUUUCUUUAGAAACUUUGGUUCUGAAUUACAAUCAUAGAUUUAUAUAAAUUAACUAUUAGAUCUAUAAAAAAGACAUCUUAUUAAAAUAUGUGCAAUAUUAUAAAUGCAAGUAAAACAUUUUCAAAUCAGUGAUAAAUAUUGCUAUUAAAAGAUAAAUUCUGUCUGUUAACUUAUUUGGGCCUCAAAUUCCUCAUUUAUUCAGUGAGAGUGUUAGACAGCUGGUUCUUAAGGUCCCUUCCACAUCUGAAGUUCUCUCCUCGUCGUACCUGAACCACAGAGAAAUGAGAUGCAGGUACUCAGUAAGGUUACCCUCUAGUGGAAAGAUUAGUGUUUGGUGCCUGUUAAUUUUGAGGGAUUAAUAAAAUGUAAAAUCCCAGGUUUGUGUAGCUGUAAUCUUUCUUAAAUGUACAUGAUUUAUGUACAUG